ACCUACUCUGGGGCGGUCAUAUAUCGAUUGGCUUCCUAGAUAAUAGAUUGUGCCAUUGGUAGGGACCUCCGGGGACAAGCCAGGAGCUGGAAGAGUCACACGCAUCAGCCCAGCCCUGAGUUAAUCAAACUAGCAACAGGAUCUCCAGCAGCAGCGGUGGCGGUGGCAAGAGUAGCAGCAGCGGCAGUGGCAGCAGCAGCAACAGCAGCAUUAUGCGUGAUUACUGACAGGCACCAGCUGCUGCUGCCACAGCCCUCUCGAACGCACUAUGUGGACUCUCAGAUCUAGAGGCAGAUUCCUGACUAAUCCCAGAGGGCUGGCCCAGCCUGUACUCCUGGGGCUGCAAGGAAGCAAUGACCACUCUUGUUAGCCCAAGUUGAAGAGAGUCCAGCUUUGCCUAGGAGCUGGGAGAGGCUGUAAUAUUUAGAAGACAGGCAAGAGAGAAAUAUGAACUGAAGAGUAAACAUGUAUGGAAAUUAUUCUCACUUCAUGAAGUUUCCCACCGGCUUUGGCGGCUCCCCUGGCCACACUGGCUCUACUUCCAUGAGCCCAUCAGCAGUCUUAUCCACAGGGAAGCCAAUGGACUGCCAUCCCAGCUACACCGACACCCCUGUGAGUGCCCCACGGACUCUGAGUGCGGUGGGGGCUCCCCUCAAUGCUCUGGGUUCUCCAUACCGAGUCAUCACUUCUGCCAUGGGACCCCCCUCAGGUGCACUGGCAGCCCCUCCAGGAAUCAAUCUGGUUGCCCCACCCAGCUCUCAGGACUGGGUCUGAGUGGGACUUGUGACAGGAAGCGUGCUCCUUCUGUGACCUGGGUCCAGGCUAAAUGUGGUGAACAGUGUCAGCAGUUCAGAAGAUAUCAAGCCCUUACCAGGGCUUCCAGGGAUUGGAAACAUGAACUACCCGUCCACCAGCCCUGGGUCUCUGGUUAAACACAUCUGUGCCAUCUGUGGGGACAGAUCCUCAGGAAAGCACUAUGGGGUGUACAGCUGUGAAGGCUGCAAAGGGUUCUUCAAGAGAACCAUAAGGAAAGACCUCAUCUACACAUGUCGGGAUAAUAAAGACUGCCUCAUUGACAAGCGCCAGCGCAACCGUUGCCAGUACUGUCGCUAUCAGAAGUGCCUUGUCAUGGGCAUGAAGAGGGAAGCUGUGCAAGAAGAAAGGCAGAGGAGCCGGGAGCGGGCCGAGAGUGAGGCGGAAUCUGCCAGUAGUGGUCAUGAAGACAUGCCUGUGGAGAGGAUUCUAGAAGCUGAACUUGCUGUUGAACCAAAGACAGAAUCCUAUGGUGACAUGAACAUGGAGAACUCGACGAACGACCCUGUCACCAAUAUAUGCCAUGCUGCCGAUAAGCAGCUUUUCACUCUUGUUGAAUGGGCCAAGCGCAUUCCCCACUUCUCUGACCUCACCAUAGAGGACCAGGUCAUUCUGCUCCGGGCAGGGUGGAAUGAGUUGCUGAUCGCCUCCUUCUCCCACCGCUCAGUUUCCGUGCAGGAUGGUAUCCUUCUAGCCACGGGUUUACACGUCCACCGGAGCAGUGCUCAUAGUGCUGGGGUUGGCUCCAUCUUUGACAGAGUUCUGACAGAGCUGGUUUCCAAAAUGAAAGAUAUGCAGAUGGAUAAGUCGGAGCUGGGGUGCCUGCGAGCCAUCGUGCUAUUUAACCCAGAUGCCAAAGGUCUGUCCAACCCAUCUGAGGUAGAGACUCUACGAGAGAAAGUUUAUGCCACCCUUGAGGCCUACACCAAGCAGAAGUAUCCGGAACAGCCGGGCAGGUUUGCCAAGCUGCUCCUUCGCCUCCCAGCCCUGCGCUCCAUUGGCUUGAAAUGCCUGGAGCACCUCUUCUUCUUCAAGCUCAUAGGGGACACGCCUAUUGACACCUUCCUCAUGGAGAUGUUGGAAACCCCGCUGCAGAUCACCUGAGGUGAACCAACCAUGACCUCCCCACCCAGGGUUACCCCUGGGCAGGCGUGUGUGGAUCCCAAUCCUGCCCACUUCCCUUUGUACACUUCCAUCCAGCUCCCGCCCUGACCCCCUUCCAGUUCCCAAAAUGCUUAUAAUAAAGGAAACCUUUCCACACUUGAGAGUUUUAUAGGUGGAGUUUUGUAUAGAUGUUAAACGUAACCCUUCUUUGCUAUAUAAGGGGCUGGGGGACUUUCUGGAAGCCUUCAGAAAAUUAACCCACAUCUGUACAUAUAAUUCAUUUAAAUUAUUUUUUCACUUGCCAUGAAAAGCAAACAAACAAAUAAUAAAACAAUCUUUAUGAUAUUGGCA